AAAUUGGUAUUUAUAAGUCCAGUGUACAUGAACAUUUGGUACAGCUAAUACGGCCACUUCAUCUGCUCCCAGUUUAUUUGGCGCUGCUAAUACAGCUACAUCAACUGGUUUUGGUGGUUUUGGAGCAACAGCUGCUACCUCGCAAGCGCCAACGUUCGGUGGGUUUGGUACAUCUACGGGUAAUACAGCAGGUGGAUUUGGUGGCUUCGGAGCGACAACUACCACAUCCACAGCUCCAGCGAUUGGAGGUUUUGGAACUCAGACAUCAACUGGAGGAUUUGGAUCCUUUGGAACCACGUUUGGGAAACCAGCCACAAAUACAACAGUCACACCGGGUUUUGGGGGAUUCGGGGGUAACACCGGCUUUAUGAUGGGUCAACAGCAGCAGCAGCCUCCUCCCAUCUCCGCGGAUGAAGCUUUCGCUCAAUCUAUUUUUAAUGUUUCCAUUUAUGGCGAUGAACGGGACACAAUCAUCGCUAAAUGGAAUUACUUGCAAGCAAUGUGGGGUAUUGGUAAAUCAUUUUAUUCACAAAAUGCAGCACCGGUUGACAUUACACCUCAAAACUAUUUAUGUCGGCUAAAAGGCUACAGUCGCUUGCCAGGAAAGGACAAUAAAAUGGGACUAGUUGCACUGAAUUUCAAUAAACCCCUCGCCGAUAUAAAAGCUCAACAGCAACAGAUAAUCACUACAUUGAAUGGGGUUUUUGGUAAUGGACCCAAUUUACAAAUAAACAUAGAGUCAAGUAAGGAAUGUGAUGAAAAGAAAAGUCAACUUGUUAUUUAUGUUGAGGAGAGAUCACAAUUGGCACCCAACGAUACAAAACGUAUUUUGGCCACCGAUUUGGCAAACUAUCUAAAUCAGGCCAAUGUCAAGGGACAGCUAAAUAAUUUGGGUGUUUCAGAAGUCUUGGCUUUGGUAUUGCCCGAUGAAGAUCAACUUAAGGAAUAUCUUGAGAAUCCACCUAAAGGUGUUGAUCCUCGCAUGUGGCGACAAGCAAAGCUUGAUAAUCCCGAUUCCACAAAAUUCAUACCGGUUCCAAUGGUUGGUUUCAAUGAUUUAAAAUAGCGUAUAAAGUGCCAAGAAAAUGAAACUCAAACCCAUACCCUGUAUCUGCGUAAAGUCGAAAAUGAUUUAGCCGAGUUAAGACAAAGACAUACAGCAGCAACUGCAAAAAUAAUGAAAUACAAACGUAAAUUGGCCGAAUUAAGUCAUAAAAUAUUGAAGAUAAUUGUCAAACAAGAAUGCCCAGGUAAGGUUGGUUUGGCCCUGACGCCAGAGGAAGAAAAUUUACGCUCCAAAUUAGAAAAUAUGCAUGCUCUUAUAUCGGCUCCACAACAAUUUAAGGGUCGUCUCAGUGAAUUGUUGUCUCAGAUGCGUAUGCAAUGGAAUCAGUAUGCCCUAACUGGUGGUAGUGAAUAUACCAUCGAUAAAGAUUGUGAGGAAGAAAUGAAAUCCUUUUUGAGCAUGCAACAAAAAGCAAUGGAAGUUCUUACCGAUACUGCAACAAAAGACUUGAAAGCUCUGCAAAUUAUUUUUGACGGAAUGCCAGAAUUGGUACGAGGUUAAUUCCGUUUUUUUCUGUUUUAUUAAUUAGGUUUUUUAUAAGAGUUUUUAAAGU